UGAUAUUCUCGGGGGAUUGUUCUGUCUCCUUCCUUUCAGAAAUGCUGAUCUUGGAGUUGGGAAUCUUCUCUCAGUCUCAAGUGUCCUGCCUGACAGGUUUGCUCACACUCAACUCAUGCCUUCCUUCAGUCCCUCUCAUCUCACUUAGAUUCCAUCUCUUGUGACUGAGUGACAUGAACUUGGGAAGAGGCUGCACUGGGCAUGGUCCUGGGAAGGGCUCACACCCAGACAUGGAUGGAGAUGGGGUGAGGGUCCCGCAGUGUCAGUGCUGUUGGGCAGCAGGGAUUGUUCAGGGGCCACAUCUGGAUGCACUGUCAACUGUCUGUGGACCAGGAUUAGAGCAGCUGCCAAUGGAAGUGACCUCUUAAUGUGCACAAAGGUCUAUUGACAUUCAGGGACGUGGCCAUAGAAUUCUCUCAGGAGGAGUGGAAAUGCCUGGACCCUGCUCAGAGGACUCUAUACAGGGACGUGAUGCUGGAGAAUUAUAGGAACCUGGUCUUCCUGGAUACCUCUUCCAAAUGCAUGAUGAAGAUGUUCUCAUCAACAGGACAAGGCAAUACAGAAGUAGUCCACACAGGGACAUUGCAAAUACAUGCAAGUCAUCACAUUGGAGAUACUUGCUUCCAGGAAAUUGAGAAAGAUAUUAAUGACUUUGUGUUUCAGUGGCAAGAAAAUGAAACAAAUGGCCAUGAAGCACUCAUGACAAAAAUCAAAAAGUUGAUAAGUAGUACAGAGCGACAUGAUCAAAGGCAUGCUGGAAACAAACCUAUUAAAAAUGAGCUUGGAUCAAGCUUUCAUUCGCAUCUGCCUGAAGUGCACAUAUUUCACCCCGAAGGGAAAAUUGGUAAUCAAGUUGAGGAGGCUAUCGACGAUGCUUUCUCAGUUUCAGCAUCCCAACGAAUUUCCUGUGGGCCGAAAACUCGUAUUUCUAAUAAGUAUAGGAAUAAUUUCCUCCAGUCUUCAUUACUCACACAAAAACGGGAAGUACACACAAGAGGAAAAUCUUUCCAACGUAAUGAGAGUGGCAAAGCCUUUAAUGGUAGCUCACUCUUAAAAAAACAUCAGAUAAUCCAUUUAGGAGACAAACAGUAUAAAUGUGAUGUAUGCGGCAAGGACUUUCAUCAGAAGCGAUACCUUGCAUGCCAUAGAUGUCACACUGGUGAGAAUCCUUACAAGUGUAAUGAGUGUGGCAAGACAUUCAGUCACAAUUCAGCCCUGUUAGUUCACAAGGCAAUUCAUACUGGAGAGAAACCUUACAAGUGUAAUGAAUGUGGCAAGGUUUUUAAUCAACAAUCAAACCUUGCACGUCAUCAUAGAGUUCAUACUGGAGAGAAACCUUACAAAUGUGAAGAAUGUGACAAAGUUUUCAGUCGCAAAUCACACCUUGAAAGACAUAGGAGAAUUCACACUGGAGAGAAACCGUACAAAUGUAAGGUUUGUGACAAGGCUUUCAGACGUGAUUCACACCUGGCACAACAUACUGUAAUUCACACUGGAGAGAAACCUUACAAGUGUAAUGAGUGUGGCAAGACCUUCGUUCAGAAUUCAUCUCUUGUAAUGCAUAAGGUCAUUCAUACUGGAGAGAAACGUUACAAGUGUAAUGAAUGUGGCAAGGUUUUUAAUCACAAAUCAAACCUUGCAUGUCAUCGUAGACUUCAUACUGGAGAGAAACCUUACAAGUGUAAUGAAUGUGGCAAGGUUUUUAAUCGAAAAUCAAACCUUGAACGUCAUCAUAGACGUCAUACUGGAAAGAAAUCUUAGAAGUGUAAUUUGCAAGGUUUUUAGGCAACAGUCAAACCUUGCAUGUCAUCAUAGACUUUAUACUGGAGAGAAACCUUACAAAUGUGAAGAACGUGACAAAAGCUUUCAAUUUCAAAUCACUCCUUGAAAUACAUAGGAGAGUUCAUACUGGAGAGAAACCAUACAAAUGUAAGGUUUGUGACAAGGAUUUCGGGUGUGAUUCACACCUGGCCCAACAUACUGGAAUUCACACUGGAAAGGAACUGUACAAGUGUAAUGAGUAUGGCAGAGCCUUUAGUGGUCAGUCAACACUUACUCACCAUCAAGCAAUCCAUGGUAUAGGGAAACUUGACUAAUGUAAUGAUUGUCACAAAGUCUUCAGUAAUAUUACAGCCAUUGCGAAACAUUGGAGAAUCCAUAAUGAAGGAGGUCUUAUAAGUGUAAUAAAUGUGGCAAGUUUUUCAGACAUGAUUCAUAACUUGCAGUUCAUUGGUGAUCUUAUACAGGAGAGAAAUCUUACAAAUGUGAUGAUUGUGGCAAGGUCUUCAGUCAAGCUUCAUCUUUUGCAAAACGGGAGAAUUCAUACAGGAGAGAAACCUCCCAAGUGUGAUGAUUGUGAGCAAAGCCUUUACUUCACGUUCACACCACAUUAGAUAUCAGAGGAUCCAUACUGGACAGAAAUCUUACAAACGUCCUAUGUGUGGCAAGGUCUUCAGUCCGAGGUUACUCCUUGCAGAAUAUCAUAACGUUCAUUUUUGAGGUAAUAGUUACAAAUGCAGUGAGCAUAGCAGACCAUCAAGGAUUGACAGUAGAGUCAAUUCAGAAUUGACUUGAGUUUGAGUUGACUUAAAACAUUCAGUUGAAGCAUUGACAUUAAAGUGUUUGUGUUAAGAGGAUUGGGCCAGGCGUGUGGCUCACGCCUGUAAACCCAGCACUUUAGGAGCCCAAGGUGGAUAGAUCACUUGAGGUCAUGGGUUUGAGAUCAGCCUGGCCAACAGACAUGAGUCACUUUUCCCAGCCUGCUUUUUGUUUCUUUAACAAAAACCAAUAGGGAUUUUUAUAGGUAUUAUGUUGAAUCUGAAUCACAUUGGCUUAUAUAAUAACAAUAUUGAUUUUUCCAAACCAU